CGACCGAUUGACAUCCCUGAUUUUUUCGGUCCUCUGUUUCCUCCCUCCAAAAACCACUUAACCAAGUGAUGAUCCAAUACGCUCGCCCAGUCGUCCUGCCGCUUGGUCACCGCCAAUGUAUCUGGAACUCUUCCCUCUCUCUCUCAAUGUGUUUUCCGUCUCUAACAGUACGCUCCCUCAGUCGCCCUGCCGCUUGGUUCACCGCCAAUGUAUCUGGAAUUCCCCCCCCCCCCUCUCUCUCAAUGUGUUUUCCCUCUCUAACAGCUUGCAAAUAUCUUCGUAGGAGGUGCUUACAUGAUUGCAUUCUCGCCCCUUAUUUCCCUUCAACCAAUCCAGAAAGAUUUGCUUGUGUUCACAAAAUCUUUGGAGCCAGUAACAUUACUAAGAUGCUACAGCAACUACCAGUCCAUCAACGUGCUGUGGCAGCUGAUUGUAUGUCCUUUGAGGCAGGCACAAGGGUCCGAGACCCAGUUUAUGGCUGUGUUGCAAUUAUAUCUCAAUUACAUCAACAAAUAAUCAUCACUCAACGUGAGCUUGCGGAGACACAGGGCCAAAUUGCCUUCUAUGGUGCACAACAAGUCCAAGAUCUAAAGCAGAAGACCCAGAGCCGAAUUCAGUACAAUGAAACCAUGUGCUUCAAUGCAAGCCAACAAGACUCCCUUCACUUAGACCAGUCCAUGCUAGACUUUUAUCGAGCACCAGGAAUCUACUGGAGUGUCAGAUGAAGAUUUUAUUUCACAUGUAAGUAAAUGGUGUGAGGCCGAGGCUUCCCUCAUAGGAGGCUGCUGCAGGACAACACCAAAUACCAUUAGAGCCAUAUCUAGAGCACUAUCCAAGUAGUCUUCUGUCUUACCAUCGCUACAGUAGUAACAAUUCACCAGCUUAGAGUCCUAUUUUUAGAGAGAGAGAGAUGUAAAUAUACAUCAAGGCAGAAGUAGAAAAGGGCUGGAAUAUGAUGUUUUCCUUGUCGCUUGUUUUUUUAGGUUGCUUGUAACUCUGGAUUAACUGUG